AUGUCGAUGUCCGGACCUUCACAUAUGCCUACGGGCUCUUUCGGGCAUAGUCGACGGCCUCCACGAGGACAUAUGCGAUCUGGCAACUGGUCGCAAUUACCUGCCUCAACAAUGACCCCGACUGCUGAGAAAGAGGAGCAUGAAUUUCCCGAACCUGUCGAACAUACUACGAAUGUUCAUGAUCAUCACCACCACGACGCCGAGCAUUCGCAUUCGCAUGGCCAUAACCAUACUCAUAGCCCUAGUCUGAUCUCGAAUCACAGCCAUUCUCAUUCCCACAGUCAUAACCACGGCCAUGGCCACGGACAUUCACACUCAGUGAUCAGCGCCAAGUUAGAAAGCUCAGACGACUCUCCAAUAUCAGGUACAAAAGCUUCGGAUGCUUAUACCACGCCGUUUCAGGGCUCCGACAAUAUACCCCUAAGCUAUGAAGUUACCACCGGCAUUCUGACGGCUCUACCAUGGUCGCUACUAUCAUGGUACAUGAGGCAAUAUACAGCUCCAACCUCUCACAAAGUAUGGCGAAUGCUGAAAACCGCGGCCGCAAAGCAGAAAUUCAUGAAGACGUAUUCCCCAGAAACCGCGGUCGAUGCAGUAUGGUGGAGAACCUUGGUGCUGGUAUCUGUCAUAAUGCUCUCAAUUGGUGGAAUCGCACUAUUUCGGCGACAACGCGCCGGUCAACGCAUUCAGAACGUGUCCGGCUUCCAGCUUAGCGUCAGCUCUGCACAAAAAGCGCUUCUACGCGUUUUAUCUCUAAUACUACCUAUAUACGCUGGCAUGGUUAUUGGUGGUACAAUGGUGGCUCUCGCAUUGAGUCUGACCUAUGCGGCAGGCAUUCCCACAGUCGUCCAGGUCGAAUGGAAUGGUGGCAAGUCGCGUGAAAAGCUGGGAAACAAAAAGGCGUCCUUGUUUGUGUUGAUUUUAUUUAUUGUUCUGAAUGUUCUUGGAUACGAUUUUCCUGUUGAUACCCAACCGUUUCGCGGAUACAUUGCACUAAUUAUUUCGAUCUUCGUUCUUCGCCCACCUUUUCCGACACCAAGAGACUCCAUCCCGGCAGUACAGAAGCCUAAUAUCAACUCAGCAUCCCAGCUUGUUGAUGGUUUUAUGGCCCUCGUCAGUCAACAGGCGUCCGCUCUAUCAAGCGUCCCACUGAUAGCGUCUCCCGAAGAUAUUCAACUCACUUUGGCCUCUGGCGGAGUUGUUGGCUUGGUUUGUCUCCUGGUAGCGCCAUUUAAUGCAAUCAAAAUACCAUUUGGUAUAUAUGAUUUGAUAAAAACGAUACUUACUGCACUUGUCUUUGCAUUCUCGAUAACAUUUUCCUCCCCAGCAGGAUUACGAUCACGCCAGAAACUUGGUUUCAUUGCGACAGCCUUAGUUGUUGUCUUUACAAGUGCGGUGCCUCACGAAGAGAGCAGCCGUAUUGCACAUAUUGCAUGGUCAAUAUUGGCCGCUUUGUGUUAUUUGGCAGCCGCUUUUGAUGAUCCCAAACCGGGCGAGAGCACACCGACAAAAACCGAGCUUUCGGCCAUGAGCAAGUUUCUCCUGAAGCAUGGCGAGUCUUGGCCAAUUCUACACAGCAUUUUAUCAAAAGAAGACUCGCGCAAGAUAUUCUACUUUAUGUGUUUAAACUUUGGUUUUAUGCUCAUCCAAUUGACCUACGGCUUCGUCACUGGUUCGCUCGGUCUUCUCAGUGACAGUAUUCACAUGUUCUUCGACUGUCUUGCUCUUGUCGUCGGAUUAUCAGCUGCAGUCAUGAGUCGAUGGCCUCCCAGCGUACGCUUUCCGUACGGCUAUGGCAAAGUUGACACUCUGUCUGGGUUCGCCAACGGAGUCUUCCUGAUGAUCAUCAGUCUGGAGAUUACAUACGAGGCAGUGGAGCGGUUGACCUCCGGCAGCGAGAUGCGACGUAUAGAGGAACUCCUUGUUGUCAGUAUUGCCGGUCUUGCUGUCAAUCUCGUUGGUAUCAUGGCUUUUGACCAUGGACACGCACACGGCCACGAUCACGGCCAUGGUCAUGACCACUCCCAUGGCAACGAAAACAUGCACGGGAUUUUCUUGCAUAUCUUGGCCGAUACACUUGGCUCUGUGGCGGUAGUCAUUUCCACUAUUCUCGUCCACUUUUACGGCUGGUCGGGUUUUGAUCCUCUUGCGUCUUGCUUUAUUGCGAUACUCAUAUUUGCAUCUGCCGUUCCGCUUGUGUCGAGCACCGCGUCGUCGUUGUUGCUCUCCAUGCCGGCUGAUGUAGAGUAUAACUUGAGAGAUACCCUGGCCGGAGUGAGUACGUUGAGAGGCGUCGUUGGGUAUACUGUGCCUAAGUUCUGGUUGGACGAUACUUCAAUAUCAUCUGGUCAGGGCCAUGACUCCGGACACGAUCACGGACACGGGCAUAGUCACGACCAUAGCCACAGCCAUAGCCAUGACCACUCUCACAGCCAUCAUGAUCACGACCAUGACCACCACGAUCACGAUCACGACCAUAAUCACGAAAAACACACCUCUGAACCCAAAAUCCUAGGCACGAUCCACAUCAUCGCAUCCCGCAGCGCCGAUCUCGAAGACGUCCGGCGACGAACAGUCGAGUUCCUCAGCGAGAAAAACAUGGAUAUAGUCGUCCAAGUUGAGCGAGAAGGCGAGGGCAAAUGUUGGUGUGCUAGUAAUGGCAGUGCGAUUGGGAGUCGGUCGCCUUAUAUCAAGUGA